AUGGCGACUCUGUUUAAUGAAACGGCACCGUUUCCGGGAGUGUCAGCGUUUGGACUGACUGCAGGACCAGAAGCGAGUGGGCUGGGUGCGGUUGGAGAGGAUCCUGGAGCUUCUGAGGUUGGUGGAGAUGGUGGUGAAGCGGAGCCGGUGGGAGAUCCGGCAGAUGGAGCAUUUGCUGGUGGAGUUGCGACGGCGGCUGGAGGAGUUGCGACGGCGGCUGGGGGAGUCGCGACGGGGGUUGGUGGGGUUGCGACGGGGGUUGGUGGAGUAGCAACGGGGGUUGGUGGAGUUGCGACGGGAGUUGGUGGAGUAGCGACGGAAGUUGGAGGAGUUGCGACGACGGUUGGUGGUGUUGCGGCUUUAGGAGUGGAUGUUGGAGCAUUGGCUGGUGCACUGGCGGGUGAUUGUGCGACGGCUGAGACGACGAGAAGAGCGAAGAUUGCUGCAAUUAAGGAUUUCGCCAUUGUUGAAUGUGACCCUGAAAGAGGAAAAACCUCAAUCACUACCAUAAACGAAGAACAGGACAAAGUAACUAGGACCCCUUCAGAGGUCUAG